AUGCCUGAACGAUUCGCCACCCACAGCGACGCAGAGAACGAGAGAAAUUCUUCAGAUGAGGAGGACGAGUUGGGUCCUGUCAACGGCAAGUGGCCUUUUGGUGGCGUCGGCAGGUCGUUCGACGUACCAGUUCCGUCGGGGGCUACGUGCAUGAAGAUCAACAAAGUUCUGGCUCAGGCAGAGGCAAACGCGGGCGAAUACACGUUCGGUGGGGUGGCAGAAGCGUUGCCAGCGCUGCCAGGACUCGUCGUGGAGGACGUGGGGCAAAUUUCAGUGCCUCUAACAGAAUCAUGCGCGAAGAAGCUGAUCGACAAGUGCGAGAAAUCCUGCUAUGGCCACAACUUCGACACCAAGAUGGACGAAAACGUCCGCAAGAGCUGGCAGGUCGAACCCGAGCGUGUGCAGAACUCGGUCCCGAUGCAGUGUUCGCUGUACAAGAUGCUGGUGUAUGGGGAAGGAGGCCACUUUGUAAAGCACCAGGAUACGGAGAAAGAGGACGGCAUGGUGGCGACGCUCGUGAUCCAGCUCCCCAGUACGCACGAAGGCGGAGAUUUGGUCAUUUAUCGAGGUGGUGAGCCCAAGUACCGUCACGAUUUCGGCAAGAAAGACGGCUCGGCUGCCUUCCUGCCGCACUAUGCGGUGCAUUACGCAGACGCGGAUCAUUCCCUGGAAGAGGUGACGAAGGGAUAUCGACUGGCUUUGGUGUAUUCGCUGUGCUUGCCGCUGUCGAUGCGUCACCUCAAGCGAGAUCAUGAACAGCUUCUGAGUGAGGAACUGGCUGAUGCUCUUAGUACCAUUGGACCUGAAGCGGAAUCGUUUGCGCUGUUGUUAGUGCACGAGUACACGGAGAAGAGCAUCGGAGACUUGGGCUCAGGAGCGCUGAAGGGCAUCGAUCGGGCGAGGUUUGUUGCGCUCGAGGAGUCGAAUGCUAUCGAGUAUUUCGGCCAAGAUGGCCUCGAAAUGUGCGCGUGGGAGGAAACCAGUCGCAAGCAUUCCAUCACUUGGUUCUCCACCUCUGGCCAAUGCUUUGGCGUCAAGAAGAAACCGACGAUUAAGAUAAACUUCCUGAAUCCGGGCCACGAAACAUUUUACGCGCUGUGGCGGCCGCACGGCAGCAGCGAAGAGCACGGAUACAUGGGAAACCACGGACCAAGCAAGAACACGAUGUAUUACCGAUACGCGGUCGUGGCGUGGCCGGCCGCUCAAGACGUAAGGAAUGCGCUGCAGUUUAUCAAUACUGAAGCUGCCGUUAAUGCUCUGAAAACGCAGAAGCCGAUUGAUGCUGGGGCGCUUGGCGAGAUUAUGAGCAAGAUCCAGGCAAAGUUGGAGAAGAAGAAAUACAGGCCCAAACCCAUAUCGACCGAGUUUUGCCAAGCGAUAUGCGAAGUUCUGGUGACUGCCGGUGACGUGGCAGUUGUGAGCAAGUUCUUCCGCAAGAGCUUCAACAAGCUCUGCGCCCGACUGCAAGAUUGCAAGACUGUGAUCCCUGUCCUCGUUUCGAUGUUGCGCUCGUUGAACUGGAAUGAUGUUGGAGCUGCAGUUCUGGAAUCGUUAGGCCAGAUGCACCGUCCAACCAGUGUGGCAAUUAGUGUGUUCGUCGCUAAUGGGUUGGAUGAUGGAGAAGCCAAGACGGCGUUGAUGCAGUUUGCGAUGGAGAAGGCAGUGCAAUUGAGCAAUGGACUCGCGUCGUGUUCGGCCAGGUGUGCCGAGAUACUGUGGAAGUGGGCAUUCUGCUUGGACGACACGGACGCAUUGAAUACCUUCGCGGACAAGAUGAUGAAGCUACAGCCAACUUCGGUUGAUGUAGCGACUCAAGCGUUGGUACAGUGCUCGCAGGAGAUGGCCGCGAAAGGAGACAGACCUGCCGCUUUGAAAGCUAUUGCGGAUAAUUGGGUUUCGUGGUUGAAAGCCCAAAUUCAGGAUCUUGAGAAACCUUUUUCGUGGGAAAUGCCCGACGCAAAAUUUCCGGGCAACGCCCAGCAAGGAGAAGCGUCGUACAUGAUGGCAGCCUCGGAGGAGGAUGGUACGGCAUUUGUGACCAUCACGAAGACGAAAGCGUGGUUUUCUGCGCGCCAGAAGAAACUAUCGCAGUACAUGACGGAGCUCAAUGUUUUGACCACGCACUUCGGUCAAGCUGAUGAAGCGGACGAAAUGCGUGAUAUCUAG